GCUGAUCUAGACAUACCCAAGACGACUCAAAGCUGAUCCAGACAUACUCAAGACGACUCAAAGCUGAUCCAGACAUACUCAAGACGACUCAAAGCUGAUCCAGACAUACUCAAGACAACUCAAAGCUGAUCCAGACAUACUCAAGACGACACAAAGCUGUAAUCACCACCAAAGGUGCUUCUACAAAGCAUUGACCCUGGGGUUUGAAUACUUGUGCAUUUCCUAUUUCAAUUUCAAUAAUUUUGCUAAAAUGGCUAAAAACAUGUUUUCACUUUGUCAUGAUGGGUGUAGAUGGGUGAGACAAACAUAUUGAAUCAAUUUUUGUAAGACAACUAAAUAAGUAAAGGGGUGUGAAUACUUUCUGAAGACACUGUAUAAGUAUAGAAUAGAUAGUAGAUUUUUUCCCCCUACCCAUUCUAAUAAAUCGAUACUCGAUUGCUCUAGCCUGAACGCAACAACGCCAGUCGCUAUCUUGCUAAAUAUGGUAGCUGCACUUGUGCUCGUACUAGCCUUUAAGCAAGGUGUCCUCAUCUGAAUCCCCGAAAUACAUUAGCCACAGGACAACUUUGUUUUGACGUCGUAAAGGACCAUUAGCCUUAACUGAAUAGAUAUAGCUAGCUACAUUUACCUACCUCCUUUUCCACGCGGAAAACAAUACGUUAGCUGGGAUUUUCUACAAGGGAUCUGCAGGAAAACAUGAAUGGAGAGAAGGAAACAUUGCUGGAAGAAAUCGAACAGAGUUUACACCCUCUAACGGAGGAUAAUUUACGACACCUGUGUGAACGUUGUGGAAUAGAUGGCUCCCAAGUUAAAGGAAAGAACCAUCGCUCGUUGCGACGUAAAAUCAUGGAGGAAAUGUGGGAAAAUGCAGAUUCAGUGAAAUCGGAGGAGCAGGGAAUGUCUUGGUUACUCCGACUGAAAGAUGACAUCAGGAGGAUACAGGAAGAAUCUACUGUGGGACCCAUGAGUCCCAGCCAGUCUGAUGACGAUGCUACAGACUGCGAUGAGGAAUGGGACAAGGAUUGGUUUCCUAGCAACGGGCUGGAGGCGGAGUCAUCUCCAGAGAGGCAUAGCCCAGAGAGUUCCAGCCAGUCUGAUGACGACGACGAUGCUACAACCUGCGGUGAGGAAUGGGACAAGGAUUGGUUUCCUAGCAACGGGCUGGAGGCGGAGUCAUCUCCAGAGAGUUCCAGCCAGUCUGAUGAUGACGAAACGGGGGACAACCCCAACAGUCACUCGCUGAGUGGAAGGGUCUUAUCAUCUGGGAAGGCUCCAGGGUUGAAAGUGAUCCAGCGACCUUAUAGCUGUGAUGUAUGUGAGAAGAGUUUCACUCAAUCAGGAAACCUACGAAGACACCAAACGGUACACACAGGAGAGAAAGCUUACAGUUGUGAUCAUUGUGGGAAGAGUUUUGCUCAUCCAGGAGCCCUGACUAUUCACAAGCAUGUACACACAGGAGAGAAACCUUACAGCUGUGAUCAGUGUGGGAAAAGCUUUUCUCAUCCAGGAGCCCUGACUAUUCACAAGCGUGUACACACUGGAGAGAAACCUUACAGCUGUGAUCAAUGUGGGAGGAGCUGCAGAGAUGCCACAGCCCUGAAUGAACACACGCGUACACACACAGGAGAGAAACCUUUUCACUGCCAUGUCUGUGGAAUGAGUUUUUCUCGACAAAGCAACCUGAAUGUACACAUGCAUACACACACAGGAGAGAGGCCUUGCAUCUGUGAUCAAUGUGGGAAGAGCUUCACUCGGUCAACGGACCUGACCAAACACAGACUCAUUCACACCAGCAAGAAAUCCUACAGCUGUGACCAGUGUGGGAAGAGAUUCACUCGGUCAACGGACCUGACCAAACACAGACGCAUUCACACCAGCAAGAAAUCCUACAGCUGUGACCAGUGUGGGAAGAGAUUCACUCAGUCAGGACUGCUGACUGAACACAAGAGAAAACACACUGGAGAGAAACCUUAUAGCUGUAAUCUAUGUGGCAAGAGAUUCGCUCAGUCAGGAAACCUGACGAGUCAUCAGAAAACCCACACAGGCCGAGAGAAAAACGAGGCAGGUGGAGAGGGAACCCACACAGGAAAGAUACAGGAAGAAUCUACUGUGGCACCUAUGAGUCCCAGCCAGUCUGAUGAUGAUGCUACAGACUGCGAUGAAGAAUGGGACAUGGAAAACAAGGAUCGGUGUCUUAGCAACGGGCUGGAGGCGGAGUCAGCUCCAGAGAACCACACCCCAGAGCAGAGGCAGAGGGGUGUCCUGCCUCUCCCACCCGCCUCCCCUCUCCCCGAGUCCCCAGGUCCUGCCUCUCCCACUGGCACAUUACUACUGGGUUUGAAGAGGGUGUCUGUGCGGCUGGUUGACUGCAGGAAAACACUGGGGCUGAGUGGAACUACGAGAGGAGGAGAAGAGAAGGGAUAUGGAGAUUCAGAUUCGAUGUCAUCAAGUAGGAACAAUGGGGACAACCCCAACGGUCACUCGCUCAGUGGGAGGGUCUUAUCAUCUGGGAAGGCUCCAGGGUUGAAAGUGAUCCAGCGACCUUAUAGGUGCGAUGUAUGUGAGAAGAGUUUCACUCAUUUAGGAGAUCUGAAGAGACACCAGAGAAUACACACAGGAGAGAAACCAUAUGGCUGUGAUCAAUGUGGGAAGAGUUUCCGUACAUCAGGACAACGGAUUAUACACAAGCGAACACACACAGGAGAGAAAUCUUAUAGCUGUGAUCAAUGUGGGAAGAGUUUUGCUCGAACUGAUUACUUGACUGAACACAAGUUAACACACACUGGAGAGAAGCCUCAUAGUUGUGAUCAAUGUGGGAAGGGCUUCACUCGGCCUAACUGCUUGGCUGCACACAAGCUAACACAUACAGGAGAGAAGCCCUACCUCUGCUCAGACUGUGGGAAGAGCUUCUAUACACCAGCAAAGUUGAAAGAGCACGAGCGAUCACACACAGGAGAGAACCCUUACGGGUGUGGUCUGUGUGGGAAGAUCUUUGCUUGUUCGGAUUCCCUGACUAAACACAAGCGUGUACACACAGGAGAGAAAUCUUACAGCUGUGAUCAGUGUGGGGAGAGCUUUUCUCUUUCAGGAGCCCUGACUAUUCACAAGCGUAUACACACAGGAGAGAAACCUUACAGCUGUGAUCAAUGUGGGAAGAGCUGCAAAGAUGCCAAGGCCCUGAAUGAACACAUGCGUACACACACGGGAGAGAAACCUUUUCCCUGCCAUGUCUGUGGAAUGAGUUUUUCUCGACGAAACACCCAGAAAGUACACAUGCGCAGACACACCGGUGAGAAGCCUUACAGCUGUGAUCGAUGUGGGAAGAGAUUCGCUCAUCCAGGUGAUUUGAAAAUACACAUCAGAGUACACACCGGAGAGAAACCGUACGGCUGUGACCAGUGUGGGAAGAGAUUCACUCAGUCAACCAACCUGACUAAGCACAGACGUGUUCACAUAGCCUACCUGCCUUUCAACGUGGGAGAAAACGGAGGACAGAGACGUGCUAACUACGGAGUUGGCUUUUCUACAAGGAAUCUGCAGGACAACAUGAGUGGAGAGAAGCAAACAUUGUUGGAUGAAAUCGAACAGAGUUUACACUGUCUAACCAAGGACAAUUUACGACACCUGUGUGAACGUUGUGGGAUAGAUUGCUCCCAAGUUAAGGGAAAGAACCAUUGCUCGUUGCGCCGUAAAAUCAUGGAGGAAAUGUGGGAAAAUGCAGAUUCAGUGAAAUCGGAGGAGCAGGGAAUGUCUUGGUUACUCCGACUGAAAGAUGACAUCAGUAGGAUACAGGAAGAAUCUACUGUGGGACCCAUGAGGCCCAGCCAGUCUGAUGACGAUGCUACAGACUGCGAUGAAGAAUGGGACAUGGAAAACAAGGAUCGGUGUCUUAGCAACGGGCUGGAGGCGGAGUCAGCUCCAGAGAACCACACCCCAGAGCAGAGGCAGAGGGGUGUCCUGCCUCUCCCACCCGCCUCCCCUCUCCCCGAGUCCCCAGGUCCUGCCUCUCCCACUGGCACAUUACUACUGGGUUUGAAGAGGGUGUCUGUGCGGCUGGUUGACUGCAGGAAAACACUGGGGCUGAGUGGAACUACGAGAGGAGGAGAAGAGAAGGGAUAUGGAGAUUCAGAUUCGAUGUCAUCAAGUAGGAACAAUGGGGACAACCCCAACGGUCACUCGCUCAGUGGGAGGGUCUUAUCAUCUGGGAAGGCUCCAGGGUUGAAAGUGAUCCAGCGACCUUAUAGGUGCGAUGUAUGUGAGAAGAGUUUCACUCAUUUAGGAGAUCUGAAGAGACACCAGAGAAUACACACAGGAGAGAAACCAUAUGGCUGUGAUCAAUGUGGGAAGAGUUUCCGUACGUCAGGACAACGGAUUAUACACAAGCGAACACACACAGGAGAGAAAUCUUAUAGCUGUGAUCAAUGUGGGAAGAGUUUUGCUCGAACUGAUUACUUGACUGAACACAAGUUAACACACACUGGAGAGAAGCCUCAUAGUUGUGAUCAAUGUGGGAAAGGCUUCACUCGGCCUAACUGCUUGGCUGCACACAAGCUAACACAUACAGGAGAGAAGCCCUACCUCUGCUCAGACUGUGGGAAGAGCUUCUAUACACCAGCAAAGUUGAAAGAGCACGAGCGAUCACACACAGGAGAGAACCCUUACGGGUGUGGUCUGUGUGGGAAGAUCUUUGCUUGUUCGGAUUCCCUGACUAAACACAAGCGUGUACACACAGGAGAGAAAUCUUACAGCUGUGAUCAGUGUGGGGAGAGCUUUUCUCUUUCAGGAGCCCUGACUAUUCACAAGCGUAUACACACAGGAGAGAAACCUUACAGCUGUGAUCAAUGUGGGAAGAGCUGCAAAGAUGCCAAGGCCCUGAAUGAACACAUGCGUACACACACGGGAGAGAAACCUUUUCCCUGCCAUGUCUGUGGAAUGAGUUUUUCUCGACGAAACACCCAGAAAGUACACAUGCGCAGACACACCGGUGAGAAGCCUUACAGCUGUGAUCGAUGUGGGAAGAGAUUCGCUCAUCCAGGUGAUUUGAAAAUACACAUCAGAGUACACACCGGAGAGAAACCGUACGGCUGUGACCAGUGUGGGAAGAGAUUCACUCAGUCAACCAACCUGACUAAGCACAGACGUGUUCACAUAGCCUACCUGCCUUUCAACGUGGGAGAAAACGGAGGACAGAGACGUGCUAACUACGGAGUUGGCUUUUCUACAAGGAAUCUGCAGGACAACAUGAGUGGAGAGAAGCAAACAUUGUUGGAUGAAAUCGAACAGAGUUUACACUGUCUAACCAAGGACAAUUUACGACACCUGUGUGAACGUUGUGGAAUAGAUGGCUCCCAAGUUAAGGGAAAGAACCAUUGCUCGUUGCGACGUAAAAUCAUGGAGGAAAUGUGGGAAAAUGCAGAUUCAGUGAAAUCGGAGGAGCAGGGAAUGUCUUGGUUACUCCGACUGAAAGAUGACAUCAGUAGGAUACAGGAAGAAUCUACUGUGGGACCCAUGAGUCCCAGCCAGUCUGAUGAUGAUGCUACAGACUGCGAUGAAGAAUGGGACAUGGAAAACAAGGAUCGGUAUCUUAGCAACGGGCUAGAGGCGGAGUUAGCUCCAGAGAACCACACCCCAGAGCAGAGGCAGAGGGGUGUCCUGCCUCUCCCACCCGCCUCCCCUCUCCCCGAGUCCCCAGGUCCUGCCUCUCCCACUGGCACAUUACUACUGGGUUUGAAGAGGGUGUCUGUGCGGCUGGUUGACUGCAGGAAAACACUGGGGCUGAGUGGAACUACGAGAGGAGGAGAAGAGAAGGGAUAUGGAGAUUCAGAUUCGAUGUCAUCAAGUAGGAACAAUGGGGACAACCCCAACGGUCACUCGCUCAGUGGGAGGGUCUUAUCAUCUGGGAAGGCUCCAGGGUUGAAAGUGAUCCAGCGACCUUAUAGGUGUGAUGUAUGUGAGAAGAGUUUCACUCAAUCAGGAAACCUAAGAAGACACCAAACAGUACACACAGGAGAGCGACCAUACGUCUGUCCUAUAUGCGGAAAGAGUUUCCUUUUGUCAGGAACACUGUCUAGACACAAGAGAACACACACAGGAGAGAAACCAUAUGGCUGUCCUGUAUGUGGAAAGCGUUUCCGUACGUCAGGACAACGGAUUAUACACAAGCGAACACACACUGGAGAGAAACCUUAUAGCUGCGAUCAAUGUGGGAAGCGUUUUACUCAAGCCUGUUCCCUGACUGAACACAAGCGAACACACACUGGCGUGAUGUUCCACUGCUCAGACUGUGAGAAGAGCUUCCCUACAUCAGUGAAGUUGAAACGGCAUCAGCAAACACACACAGGAGAGAAAUCUUAUCGCUGUGAUCAAUGUGGGAAGGGUUUUGCGAGAGCUUAUUCCCUGACUGAACACAAGCGAACACACACAGGAGAGAAACCAUAUGUCUGCAAUCAAUGUGGGAAGAGAUUUACUAACUCGGGAACACUGACUUUACAUCAGCCAACACACAUGGGAGAGAAACCUCGUAGCUGUGCUAUAUACAGCUGUAAGCACUGUGAGUGGAGUUUCGCUCAUUCAGAAGACCUAGCAAGACACCACCAGAGAAAACACAUGUGGGAGGGUAUUCAUGUCUGUGAUCAAUGUGGGAAGAGCUUUGCUAGUUCUGGAGACCUGAUUAUACACAAGCGAACACACACAGGUGAGAAACCAUAUGUUUGUGAUCAAUGUGGAAAGAGUUUUGCUAGUUCGGGAAACCUGAAUAUACACAAACGAAUACACACAGGUGAGAAACCAUAUGUUUGUGAUCAAUGUGGGAAGAGCUUUGCUUCAUCUGGAUUCCUGACUAAACACAAGCAUAUCCACACCGGAGAGAAGCCCUACAGUUGUGAACGGUGUGAGAAGAGAUGUGUUUCCAAAGGAGAGUUGAGAACGCACCAGCUCGUACACCCCAGAGAGAACUCUCUUUUCCUGUGUGAUCGAUGCGGGAAGAGCUUCACACACAUGGGAUCCCUGAAUGUACACAUGCGUAGGCACACAGGAGAGAAACCCUACCGCUGCGAUCAAUGUGGGAAGAGCUUUAUUCAGCCAGUAGAAUUGAAAAUGCACCAACGAGUGCACACUGGAGAGAAACCCUACAGCUGUGAUCUAUGCAGGAAGAGAUUCGCUCAGUCAGGACUGCUGACUGUACACAGGAGAACACACACUGGAGAGAAACGUUAUAAAUGUGAUAUAUGUGGGAAGAGAUUCGCUCAGUCAGGAAACCUGAGGAGUCAUCAGAAAACCCACACGGGCAGAAAGAGAACCCGCAAAGGCGGAGAGAAAAUCCCCACAGGCGGAGAGAGAAGUCAAACAGACGGACUGAAUCACCACCACACCUCCAUCCUCUCAGCCAUCAGUUCUCAGGAUCCCUCUGUGGACUCUGGGUAAACAUCACAGGAUCCCCUCUGUAUUGACUCUGGGUAAACAUCACAGGAUCCCCUCUGUAUUGACUCUGGGUAAACAUCACAGGAUCCCCUCUGUAUUGACUCUGGGUAAACAUCACAGGAUCCCCUCUGUAUUGACUCUGGGUAAACAUCACAGGAUCCCCUCUGUAUUGACUCUGGGUAAACAUCACAGGAUCCCCUCUACUGG